AUGGACCGCCAUCUCCUGGUCCCCCCGGACCGCUGGUGCAUCACGCGCAGCGAGUUCUUCGCCUUCAUCGAGGAAGUGCGCUUGCUCUGGAAGCUCGACAAAAUUCCUGACGGCGAUCGCCCGAACCCGUCGCACAGCGAUCCAAACCAUGGGCCCAACCUCUACCAGGUGAACGAGCACUACGUGAAGCCUGUGACCUGCGCAGCCGGGGGCAUGUCCUAUGCGUUGAUGAAGCAUGCGGAAGGCUUGCCCUGCCAGGUCUUUUUGUCCCAUGCUUGGGCCGAGGGCCUCUUCGAGCUCGGAGACUUAGUGAGCCGUGGCUGGCCGCGCCUACAGGGACUGGUCAACGUGUACUGCUGCCUCCUGGCCAACCCACAGAACUUAAACAUCGAGGUCCUGCUGAACGUUCCUCCUGAGGAGAGCCCCUUUGCCAAAGCAAUGAAGCGUGCAACGCACGUGCUGGUGAUCCCCAACGACACGGUGAGUAUUUACACGCGUUUGUGGUGCGUGUAUGAGGCCUACCUCGGCACGCGCUGGGCAAAGACCGUGAUGAUGCCGAUGAGGCCACGGCCCUCUGUGCAGUGUGCUGCGGUGAUGCAGACCCUUCUUCUGCCCUGGUCGCUUGGCGUGCUCGUCGGCUCAGCUCUGACGGCGGUGCUGAUACACUUCAGACAGACACAGAAGUUGGUGAUCAUACUCGCCAUGUUCGUGAAUGUGACACUUACUGCCCUUUGCUUCAUCACGUCCUGCAUGGCAAAGCUGGGUAGUGCCUCGAGGAGGGCCUGGGUGAAGUUCGCCAUCGUUCGGACAGUGCACAUCGGCUUAACUUUCACCAGCGCAGCCUUGGCGUGCAUGUGGCUGAGCUUUCCGAGCCCCACGGGCAACAGUUGGGAGAGCUUCCUGCACUACUUCAUCCCGGUGGCCGUGACGCUCUUCAACCUCUUGCGUGUUGCUCAAAUCAACCAGCAACAGCUGGAGAGCCGCGAGCUGCGCAGGCAGGCUGGGAACCUCCACAUCCAGACCUUGGAAGAUGCCACGUGCUCCCAUCCUUUGGAUGAGGAGCGUAUCCGCCUUGCCAUCUCCGGCCGUGAGGCAGAAGUGGACAUGGCAAUCCGGGUCCUCAUGGAAGCUGGAUCCUACAACGAAUGCCUGCGACGCCGAUACGAGGCUGGCUUGAGCGUGAAAGGCCUUGGGAACACCGACCUUGUCGUCAAGACUUUUCUCGUGGUCAUCCUCUGGGCAUUGUCCAUCGUGGACUCCAUCGGCUUCUCCCAAAACUCAUUUGUGAACUGCGAGCUGCAUCCAUUCUGGCUCGACGUGUCGAUCGUGUUUCUGAUUACAGCAGCUGUGACGUUUCCGAUCGUCAUAUGGGUGCUGGUCCGGAAUGGGGGUCCUCAUCGUGGCGCCUUCGCGUCCAUCAUCUGCUCGCGGGCGGCCUCGGCGGCCUUGGGCCUUCCACUAUUGAUCGAGAUUGAUUGCCACCUGCUUCGGAGUAUCGACCUCAUCAUGGUCGACAGCCCUUGUCCCACGCAGGUCAGCUGGUGGAUGGUGACUGGCUUCCGGCCCUUGAUGGCCGCGAUGUCGGCGCUGUGGAGUGUCCUCGGCCUCCUCUUCUGCUUCGAGCGCAGCGCAUCUCAACUCUUCGCUUGCAGCCACUGCGAAGAACCCGAGAGUUCAGAUUCCGAGGCGAGCUCUGACGCAUCAGAGGCCACAAGUCUGAGUCAGCGCGCGGCUUCUUUUCGCAGCUCCGGCUGA